GGAGUAAAAGUGAAAGAUGCUCGCAAUUUGUGAACUUCGGUGUUCGCGGUAGACCGUCUGACAUCCCAACAUGCUUCGGUCUUCAAGGCAACAGAAUGCUUGUUCAGAUAUUAUUGAUUGAGCGCCUUCGUCGCGCCGUUUCUAUAAGUAUAUCUGAUGGCGACUAUAUUUAACUUAGGUACUUAUUUUAGAGACUUUCACGGGAAUCCUCGCUCUUAUCCGUCGAUACCGUCGGUGCCAACCAGUCCAGGACCUGAAAGUAAUGGAUUUCAUGAAAAUAGAGAUAUUUACCGGACCUCAGACAAACUUAAUGCAAAUAUUUAUCUCAAAACACAUGCACCGCCUGGCCAAAGUCAUUUGCCUUCUUCUACACGUCUAGGUUCUGAUACUGACUAUGGAAAAGAAAUCAUCCAGGAAUCAUACUACAAUGAUGACCACAUUGCUGUACCCCUAGUCAUACCGUCUGAGCAAUCAUCGUUUGUAAACAAAAGUGACAGCGAAAAAGGUUUUGCAAAUAGUAAUUCCGUUAUACAAAACCAUGGUGUACAAAAUGAUAAAUGGCAAACCCUUAGUAAUGAUUUUCCUGAAGUACCCAGGAAGCAAGUGUUAGGUGAUGUUAUUAAAUGGGCAUUACCGAAUGAAGCAGUUCUAACAUCUGAUGGCUUAGCAAAGACUGUUGAUAUACCUAAUACGAAUGAAGAAGAAAUAUUAACUGCAAAUGAUAUGAUAAUCACUCCAGCAAUUAAUUUUGAUGAUAUUAAUAAGAAAUUGCUUUCGAAUAAGAAAUACAUUGACCCUAAUAUGCCGGCGAAGACGUUUUUGCAGUUAUUAAAUAAAGAGGCUGAUGGUACAAAUGAUCCAAUCGUAAGUGUAACAAGCAGAAAAGAGAGUGUUGAAAAAAAUGUAGAUUGGGACGACAUGUUUGAUACAGAGCUAUUUGAAAAUAUAAAAGACCCCAUGCCGAUAAAAACAAGGUUAGAAGAUGGUACGCAUAAUAACUUUAAGAUUGAAUUUCCUAAAGAUAAAAAGAAACAGCAAAGAAAAUUUAAUAACAAAGUUACUAAACGUAAAACGGAAACAAUAGCUAAUGGCACUUUAUCAAAAACUGUUAAAAAUAUACUAUCCAAGGAGAGUAUUACAGAGAAAACAAUAAAGAAAGUCAAUAGUACAAAAGCAGUUAAGAAUUGGCUUGAUGAUAUCGAUCCAAAUCUAAAAAACGAAAUUGGCCAAUAUGGGGCCAGUGAUAUGACUGUGCCAAAAACAACCAAAGCCCAUGUAAUGAAUGUCGACAAAAGUCCCUACGAUGAUGAAAGUAGUACAGUUACUAAGACUACAGUUAUUGAAACUUCUAAACAACCUGAAGAAACUGUCAAAACAUCAGAAUCUCUAAUAAGAGCACUAAACCAAAUCGAGGAACUAAAUAGAAACUUUGCAAUGGAAAUAAAUGGACCUAAAUUUCCAAUACUUGACGUAUCAGAAGCUGCCAAAAAUUCAUUAGAUAAGGUAAUCGACAAGAAACCGAAAACAAAGAAUAAGAAAGUAGUGCAAUCGAGACUGGCUGAAAAGGAUGGUAAAAUGAAAUUCGGGCCACCAGUUAAAGUGCAAAAAGAAAGCAAGACGGAGGAGACAAGGGAUGAUCAAGCAAAAAACAAAGAGGCUGUGAAAGAUAAAAAAGAGAAAUCAAAAUUUGUCCCCCCUAUUAAAUCACAGAUUCCAGUAAAAAACUUAACAUUUGACGUGACGACGAUAGAUGAAAGUAAUUUACAUUUCUUUUAUGAUGUCUUAAAGUCAGAAGAUAAUAUUGUUAUGAUUUUAAUUUACAAAAAUGGAUUUUGUCAACUCAACAAUCAUCACACAGAAGAUGGUUGCAUCAUUGAAGGCAUCAUGAUUCAAUGGCAGGAGAAAUUCUUCUAUUUCAAAGAUAAUGAACGACACAGCGAUCUGUUGAAGCAAUUGCUAAAAAAGUGCCAAGUAAUAUGCUAUAAUGCCAAGCCAAUGCUUAUAUAUUUGAUUUCAAAAUAUGGUGUAGAGCUAAAGCAAGAAGCGUUCAACUUGUGCGAUGCCAAGAUAGGAGGCAGUCUCAUAGACCCGGACAAUCCUCCAGAAAAUUUUGAGGAGCUACAAAAGCUGCUAGGUUUCACACCAGAAUUCACUAUAGCCACAGAGUGCGUAUUGCAAAAGGCUGCCUGGUACAUAACUCUCCUUAGAGAAUGCUUCGACAAUCUGAAAUCUUUGUUAACAGAAAAUUGCGUUUGGAACGUUUUUAUCGGAAUUGAGAUGCCUCUCUUACCCGUCAUUGCAGGAAUGGAACAUCGUGGAGUAAGCGUAGAUCUAGAAAAACUUAAGUCAAUGGAGGACAUUCUUUUAACAAAAAUGAAGUUAGUAGAGCAAGAGUGCUACAGAGCAGCAGGGAAAACGUUUCAGAUAAAUUCGACUUUGCAAGUGCGUACGAUUCUGUAUGACGAGCUGCAGUUGGAUACGAAGAAUAACUUGAAGAUUAAAGAGACGAUUGCCAAAGGAGCUAAAUCUACUUCUGAAACUAUGCUACGUGGGCUAGUCUCAGUACAUCCGUUACCACGAUUUAUCCUGGAAUACCGUCAUCUGCAUAAGGCGCAUGCGACUUUUCUUACUGGCAUAGCCCAGCACGUGAAGGAAGGCUCUGUCAAACCCACUUGGGUGCAGAUGGCAGCUGCAACUGGUCGCAUUGCCUCAAACAACCCAAAUCUGCAAGCCAUUCCCAAAGCACCGUUCAGCCUCGUCGUUUUUCCUCAAAAUUCUGCUGAUCGGGAGCCGACCCUAAACUUCCGCUCCGUGUACACCGCUCGGCCCUCACACUGCUUCAUAGCCGCCGACUUCAAGCACAUCGAAUGCCGCGUGUUUGCUCACGCCGCUGACGAUGCCACUUUACAAGAUGCAUUAAGAAGUGGCCAAGACUUGUUCAGAGUGCUUGCUGCUAAGUGGUUGAACAAACCCGUAGACGAAGUAUCGUCGGAAGACCGAGAGCGCACGAAGCGCAUAGUCUACGCCAGCCUGUACGGUGCCGGGGCGCGGAAGCUCACGGAAAUACUGCACAACAUAGGCUAUGAGCAGGCCUUGGGCGUCAUGUCCAGUUUUAAUCGUACGUUCCCCGCUCUAAAGUCUUUCGGCCGCGCGGUAGUCGCAAAAGCAGCGAGCGGCGCGCUCCGCUCUCUCUGUGGACGCGCGCGUCGGUUCCCGCACAUAGCCAGCGCUGACCCGACGUUGCGAGCUCAGGCGGAGCGGCAGGCGGUUAACUUCAUCGUGCAAGGAUCAGCAGCGGACUUAUGCAAAAAAGCGAUGGUCGCUGUUCAACGCCGCCUUGAAAGCACGCAAGUGAACUGUCGCCUGGUUCUGCAGAUACACGACGAGCUAGUGUGGGAGGUCGCAGACGAUCACGUGGAUAAAGCUGCUGAAAUAAUCAAGUAUGCCAUGGAAAAUGUAGGCCGGGACUCCGGUAUGAACACGAUAUUGCCUAUCGAGCUGACGCGUGGACGUAACUGGGGCGAGAUGCGAAGUUUUGAAGACUAGAAAAUAAAAUUGUUAUUUUAUGAUAAAUAAAUAAUAAUUACCUUAAAA